ACUUCUUAGGUACUUUUUUUUUUGCUGAUUUUUUCUUAGAUGCUGGACAAAAGUAUCAACCAACAUUUGUUUUGUUUUUCCUUUUGGUUUUGCAGGGCUAUUCUGGUGAUUAUACACGGCCUCAAUGAACAUAGACUGAAGCAGUUCAGGGCGAUGAACAAAUUCAAGAAAGCUGCAUUAAGAGUAAUAGCUGGAUGUUUAUCAGAAGAAGAAAUAAGAGGACUAAAAGAGAUGUUCAAGGGCAUGGACACCGAUAACAGUGGAACUAUAACACUCGAAGAACUAAAACAAGGUCUCACAAAGCAAGGAACAAAACUGUCAGAAAUGGAAGUUAAACAACUAAUGGAAGCUGCCGACGCAGAUGGAAAUGGAACGAUAGACUACGAAGAGUUCAUCACCGCGACGAUGCACAUGAAUAGAAUGGAUAGAGAAGAACAUUUGUAUACAGCGUUUCAGUAUUUCGACAAGGAUAAUAGUGGUUUUAUCACGAUUGAAGAUCUCGAGCAGGCGCUUAAGGAGAAGGGCUUGUAUGAUGGAGGGAACAUUAAGGAUAUCAUCUUAGACGCUGAUUCUGAUAAUCUACACAACAAAAGUUGGAGAUGGAUGGUGAAGGUGGGAAGAAGAAGCCAGAGACGUGACGAAGGAAAGGCUUGCAACGUUGAUAAGACAUGGGUUCUCUGUAGUCUUUAUUGUUCAAGUCUACUUAAUCAUGAUUGUUGGAUUUGUUAAUAAAACAUGUGUCAAACACUUGUUAUUUGUUUAAUAGAAUUGUGUUUAAAUUUAUUUACUAAUGUUAUUAUUUGUUUCAUUUUAA